AUGAGGAGGAACGUUGUUACAAUCAUGGGCUUAUCGCUGCUGUUGUGCUUGGGCCUUGGUCACUCGCAUGGCUUUGGUGGAAAGAUCGGAGGAGGCGGAUACGCCCCCGUGUACACCAACUAUGUACCGUACCCUGUGGCCCAGCCCGUCCCUGUGCCCGAGCCAAUACCUGUCCCUGUUGCGGUCCCACAGCCCUAUCCAGUUCUGGUGCCACAGCCUGUUCCCUUCAAGCACGGAUGGAAAGGUGGAUUGGGCGGCUUUGGCGGCCUGGGCCAGGGACUCGGAUAUUCCGGAAGCUAUUCAUCGGCCUACAGCUCAGCUGGCUCCUUUUCCAGUGGUUUUGGUGGCGGCGGUUAUGGUGGCGGUAUCUGGAAAAGACGCUAA